CAGCCAUGGCGUACUCCACGGUGCAGAGGGUGGCCCUGGCCUCGGGGCUCGUCCUGGCCGUGUCGCUGCUGCUGCCCAAGGCCUUCCUGUCCCGCGGACAGCGGCAGGAGCCAGCGGCGGCCCCCGAAGGAAAAUCGGGUCAAUUCCCACCUGUAAUGCAUCAUCGCUCGGCACCCUUGGAUGGCCAGACCCCUGGGUCCCGUUUCCAGAGGUCUCACCUGGCAGAAGCCUUUGCAAAGGCCAAAGGAGCAGGUGGAGGCACUGGAGGAAGUAGUGGAAGAGGCCUGAUGGGCCAAAUUAUUCCAAUCUAUGGCUUUGGGAUUUUUUUGUAUAUACUAUACAUUCUAUUUAAGCUCUCAAAGGGGAAAACUGCGCAGGACCGGAAAUGCGCCACUGCCAUGCCGGGCAACUCCCACAGGAAAAUUACCAAUUUUGAACUUGUUCAACUGCAAGAAAAACUCAAGGAGACAGAGGAAGCCAUGGAAAAAUUGAUCAAUAGAGUGGGGCCUAAUGGCGAGAGAUCACAGACUGUCACUUCUGACCAAGAGAAACGGUUGCUGCAUCAACUCCGAGAAAUCACCAGAGUCAUGAAAGAAGGAAAGCUCGUUGAUAGGUCCUCUCCAGAGAGAGAAGCCGAGGAAGCCCCUUACGUGGAGGACUGGGAAGGUUAUCCUGAAGAGACUUAUCCAAUUUAUGACCUUUCAGACUGUAUUCAGCAUAGACAAGAAACAAUCCUGGUGGAUUACCCUGAUCCAAACGAGCCUUCUGCUGAAGAAACAGCUGAAAGAAUGGGAAUGGUGGAAGAGGAAGAAUCAGGCCAUUUGAGCUGGGAGUGUCUGCCCACUGACCCUAGCGCCCAGGAAGCUGGUUCUGUUACCUCGUGUGACUCAGAGCCAGAAACGUGUCCCUGCCGUUUUCAUGAAGAGGAGGAUCCUGCUGUCUUGGCUGAGAAUGCUGGACUCAAUGCAGAUGGCUGUGUUGAGCACGAGGAGGCCUCUGAAGAGGACGGGGCCCACGGCUUUGAAGAGCAAGGGCUGGGUGUCAGCCCUGACGGUGCACAUGCAGGUGGCGUGCUGAGGAAGCGCAGCCCCCAGGGCUUAGAGUGAAAGCAGGCAGCUCAGUGAGGUGCCAGUUACCCCUGAUUCCAUCCUUGGCCCUGUGCCCUCCACUUCCUUCUCUUAGUCCAGAUGUCAUAGCUAUGAGGCUGCCACCAUGGUCGUUCCUGGUGCUCUGACACCUGCCUCCUUGUAAAACAGACUUUAGUGUGAACUCUGGGCAUUUUGCCCUUCCUUGUCCUGCCUUUCCCCAUCAGAGAAGUUGACCCAGUGAAGAGUGGUGUUUAACCUGUUGUGCUUACAGGUGGCACUGCCAGGGUGAAGGUGUGACUCUUUUUGCUCUGACGAUUUAUCUGUGAAUGAGCAUAGGCUUAACAGAUACUGAAGAUACUAAGGUGGGAAGAGUGAAGAUUUCAGUCCAAAA